GCGUAGAGUCGAGUCGAGUGGCCGCCAGUGCAGACGGCGCAGAGCCGCUGAUCACGCGCCGAGCCGCGCCGCUGCAGCCAGCGAGGGAAUGCUUACACCGGAGGCCGUUCACAUUCAGCAAUCUCUUUCUCGAACCGUCCAGAAGAGUUGAUUUUGAGGAGAAGCGGUUCAUUGAAGCAUGGUGGUAACCAAGGCGGCGCGCGCGGCGGCGGAGGCGGCGGGCCGCAUGGCGCGGCUGCUGCUGCGCGGGCGAGGCGACGCGGCGGGGGCGGCGGAGGCGGCGACGGCGGGGGCGGCGGCGGCGGCGGCAGCGCAGACACACAACGCGCGGGCGAACAAG